AUUUCGUAAUGUCCCUCAAGGGUCUCAACUUUGUCGUUAAAAAAUACGAGUCGGGUUGAGUUGAGCCGGACCGUCCAAUCCGGUUGUUUUAAAAAGUAGCUUUAUUUGCCCGCCACUCGCCAGUGAAUAAUAAACCCUCCCCAAAACCCUAUUAUUUUCGAUCCCUCACAGCACUACUCGCUCCCUUUUUCUCUCUCAAUUUGAAUUUCGCUCUUCAAUUCAAUAUUUUCCCUCUUCUGAAACUCCAUUCAUGCUCUCAAUUUCAAAACCCUAGAAAAAUUUUCAGUACUCCGAGAACGAUUUCUUCGACUCCUACUUCUGCUUCGAUUCUAGGGUUUCGGACGACGAGAUGGCGCGUGAAGAAGAGAUCGUCAUGCGCGAUGUCACCAAUGCCGGUCUCGUCGUCAGCGACCGCAUUGGCCGAGAAGUCGCGUCGCAGCUCGACCUUGAAGAAGCCCUAGAAGCUUCCAGAUACGCCAGCCACCCUUAUACAACUCAUCCCAGAGAGUGGCCUCCUUUGGUUGAGGUUGUGGAUACUUGGGAAUUGCCUCCUGUACUUAUUGAAAGAUAUAAUGCAGCUGGUGGGGAAGGAACUGCUUUAUGUGGAAUAUUUCCCGAGAUACGAAGGGCAUGGGCCUCAGUAGAUAAUUCUUUGUUUCUUUGGCGGUUUGACAAGUGGGAUGGUCAAUGUCCUGAAUACUGUGGGGAGGAACAAGCUAUAUGUGCUGUCGGUCUUGCCAAAUCUAAACCUGGUGUUUUUGUUGAAGCUAUCCAAUAUCUUUUAAUUUUAGCAACACCUGUUGAGUUAAUUCUUGUAGGAGUAUGUUGCUCUAGAGGGGGUGAUGGUACAGAUCCAUUCGCAGAGGUUUCAUUACAGCCUUUGCCAGAGUACACAAUACCAUCUGAUGGAGUCACCAUGACUUGUAUUACAUGUACUGAUAAGGGUCGUAUUUUCCUGGCUGGGCGUGAUGGCCACAUUUAUGAGUUGCAUUACACAACUGGUUCAGGCUGGCAAAAGCGUUGCCGUAAAGUCUGCCUUACUGCUGGUUUAGGAAGUGUCAUUUCAAGAUGGGUUGUGCCAAAUGUAUUUAAGUUUGGAGCUGUUGACCCCAUUGUUGAAAUGGUUUUUGAUAAUGAAAGAGAAAUUUUAUAUGCACGUACUGAAGAGAUGAAACUUCAGGUUUUUGUUGUGGGGCCAAAUGGUGAUGGUCCACUCAAGAAAGUUACAGAAGAAAAGAAUCUGAUCAAUCAGAGGGAUGCACAUUAUGGAGGUAGACAAUCAACUGGACCAAGGGCUGCAAAUCGGGCGACAAGACCAUCAAUUGUCUGCAUUUCACCUCUAUCUGUGCUGGAAUCAAAGUGGCUACACCUUGUUGCUGUUUUGUCUGAUGGAAGAAGGAUGUACCUUUCCACUUCUUCAUCUAGUGGAAACUUGGGUGGAUUUAAUUCAAACCAUCAUAAACCUAGCUGUUUGAAAGUAGUGACAACCAGGCCUUCUCCACCUUUGGGGGUCAGCAGUGGACUUGCUUUUGGAUCUCUUGCAGGUAGGUCUCAGAACGAGGAUCUCUCACUGAAGGUUGAGACAUCAUAUUAUUCUGCUGGAACUUUUCUCCUUUCUGAUUCGUCACCAGCUACCACGUCUUCUCUUCUCAUUGUGAGCAGAGAUUCAAGCACACAAUCAUCUCUAUCAGGUAGUCUAGGGACAAGUACAAGGAGUUCUCGUGCAUUACGGGAAUCUGUAUCUUCUCUACCAGUUGAAGGCCGCAUGCUUUUUGUGGCAGAUGUCUUACCCUUGCCAGAUACUGCCGCUACUGUGCAGUCUAUAUAUUCAGAACUUGAAUUUGGAGGUUUUGGGAACUCAGAGGAGUCUUGUGAAAAAGCAUCUGGAAAACUUUGGGCCAGAGGUGACCUUUCAACUCAACAUAUAUUGCCAAGGAGGAGAAUUAUCAUUUUCAGUACCAUGGGCAUGAUGGAAUUAGUUUUCAAUAGGCCUGUGGACAUUUUAAGGAGGUUGUUAGAGUCCAACUCACCAAGGUCAAUUCUAGAAGAUUUCUUCAAUCGUUUUGGAGCUGGCGAGGCAGCUGCAAUGUGUUUAAUGCUUGCUGCAAGGAUAGUCCAUUCUGAAAACCUUAUCAGCAAUGUUGUUUCUGAGAAGGCAGCUGAAGCUUUUGAGGAUCCAAGAGUUGUUGGAAUGCCACAACUUGAAGGUAGUGGUGCAUUGUCAAACACUAGAACGGCUGCUGGGGGGUUUAGCAUGGGUCAGGUUGUUCAGGAGGCUGAGCCUGUGUUUUCAGGUGCACAUGAAGGGCUCUGCUUGUGCUCAUCAAGGCUGCUUUUUCCUCUCUGGGAACUUCCUGUCAUGGUUGUAAAAGGUGGUUUAGGUUCGACUGAUGCUUUUUCUGAAAAUGGGGUAGUCGUAUGCAGACUUUCUGUCGGGGCUAUGCAAGUCGUAGAGAGCAAGAUUCGCUCUUUAGAGAAGUUUCUAAGGUCUAGAAGGAACCAGAGGAGGGGGCUUUAUGGCUGUGUAGCUGGUUUAGGAGACUUGACUGGCUCUAUUCUUUAUGGAACUGGUUCCGAAUUAGGUGCUGAUGACCGGAGUAUGGUGAGAAACUUGUUUGGUUCUUAUUCACGAAAUGUUGAUUCUAGUGGAGGUGGGACUACUAAUAAAAGACAAAGAUUACCGUAUAAUCCUGCAGAAUUGGCUGCCAUGGAGGUGAGGGCAAUGGAAUGUAUUAGGCAGUUGCUUCUUAGAUCUGGUGAAGCCCUGUUCUUACUCCAACUUCUCUCUCAGCAUCAUGUGACACGCUUAGUUCAGGGAUUUGAUGCAAAUCUACGUCAGGCAUUAGUUCAAUUGACAUUCCAUCAAUUUGUUUGCUCUGAGGAGGGUGACCGCCUUGCCACGAGGCUUAUAUCUGCUCUAAUGGAGUAUUAUACUGGUCCUGAUGGCAGGGGGACAGUAGAUGAUAUUAGUGCAAAAUUAAGGGAAGGUUGUCCAAGCUAUUACAAGGAGCCUGAUUAUAAGUUUUUCUUAGCUGUGGAAUGUCUUGAGAGAGCAGCUAUAACUCCAGAUGCUGAGGAAAAAGAGAAUCUUGCUAGAGAGGCCUUCAAUUACUUAAGUAAAGUUCCAGAGUCUGCUGAUCUACGAACUGUCUGCAAACGGUUUGAGGAUUUAAGAUUUUAUGAAGCUGUAGUCCGCUUACCUUUGCAGAAGGCACAGGCUCUUGACCCUGCAGGUGAUGCUUACAAUGAGCAAAUUGAUGCAGCUACUCGAGAACAUGCUCUUGCUCAGCGUGAACAGUGCUAUGAGAUAAUUAUCAGUGCUUUGCGUUCUCUGAAAGGUGAUACUUCACAAAGGGAAUUUGGAUCUCCUGUUAGGCCUGCUACUGCUACAUCAUUCCUUGAUCAGUCCUCUCGGAAGAAAUAUAUUUGCCAGAUUGUUCAACUUGGUGUUCAAUCACCUGACAGAAUCUUUCACGAGUACUUGUAUCGAGCUAUGAUUGAUUUGGGCCUUGAAAAUGAGUUGUUGGAGUAUGGAGGUCCUGAUUUGGUCCCUUUUCUGCAAAGCGCUGGUCGUGAACCUAUACAAGAGGUUCGAGCUGUUUCUGCUGUGACGUCAGCGACUUCUUUUAUGGGUCAAUCAGGAGCACCUAUCCCAUCUAACCGAGCCAAGUAUUUUGAUCUUUUGGCACGAUAUUAUGUCUUGAAGCGGCAGCAUGUGCUUGCAGCUCAUAUAUUGGGAAGAUUGGCUGAGAGGCGCUCAACCGAUUCAGGGGAUGUUCUUACUCUAGAACAGAGGUGUCGGUACCUUAGCAAUGCAGUUCUACAGGCAAAGAAUGCAAGUAAUAGUAACGGUCUGGUAGGUUCUACUCAAGCUUCUCUUGACAGUGGAAUGCUAGAUCUGCUUGAAGGGAAGCUUGCUGUUCUUCGGUUUCAGAUAAAGAUCAAAGAGGAAUUGGAGGCUAUAGCUUCUAGGUUAGAAGCUUCGCCAGGUGCAUCUGAGUCUAUGCAAAAUGAUCCCCCUGAAAACGAUUUGACUGCUGAUGCCAGUAUUGCUAAUGCUGUGCGUGAAAAGGCUAAAGAGCUAUCUUUAGAAUUAAAGAGCAUAACUCAACUGUAUAAUGAAUAUGCUGUUCCGUUUGAGCUCUGGGAGAUAUGUCUGGAAAUGCUAUACUUUGCAAACUACUCAGGUGAUGCUGAUAGUAGCAUUGUAAGAGAAACCUGGGCUAGACUAAUUGAUCAAGCUCUUUCAACGGGUGGAAUUGCUGAAGCGUGUUCUGUACUAAAAAGAGUUGGUUCACACAUUUAUCCUGGAGAUGGAGCUGUUUUAUCUUUGGACACUCUCUGUCUUCACCUUGAGAAGGCUGCACUGGAGAGAUCAGAAUCAGGGGUUGAAUCUGUUGGAGACGAAGAUGUUCCAAGAGCUCUUCUUGCUGCUUGCAAGGGUGCAACAGAACCUGUGUUGAACACUUACGACCAACUGUUAUCAAAUGGGGCUAUUUUGCCAUCUCCAAAGCUCAAGUUACGCCUUCUCCGAUCAGUGCUAGUGGUGCUUCGUGAGUGGGCAAUGUCUGUAUUUGCACAGAGAAUUGGUACAAGUGCCACUGGAGCUUCUUUAAUAUUAGGUGGAACAUUCUCACUGGAACAAACAGCUAUCAUUAACCAAGGAGUUAGAGAUAAGAUCACAAGUGCAGCUAACAGGUAUAUGACUGAGGUCAGGAGGUUGGCCCUUCCGCAGAGUCAGACUGAGGCUGUUUACCGAGGUUUUCGAGAACUAGAAGAAUCACUAAUAAGUCCUUUUUCUUUUGAUCGGUUUUGAUUGUUCUUUGUACCUUAUUGUAUCAAUGUUCUCUUGUUACAUAUUCCUUUUAUUUUAAUAAAAAAGUGAUAAAUUUUUCAUA